ACUGUCCAAGCAAACUCAUUUUCAUAUGUAUCAACAUUGUCUUUAUGUCGUCUCUAAGAAAAUUUGUACAAAAUCAGAUGAACAUUAUCAUAAGAGACGAUUCAACCAUCCUCGGAUGAGUUAAAACCCCUUCAAUUGAAUGAAUGGAUGCGCCUUGUACUGAAACAGGAAAUAAAAGAAAACGUGAAACAGCAAAUCAACAAGAAAACAACUCACAAGAAAAACGAGAUGGCAAACCGUUCAAGUUUCGUAUCACAGGCAUACCCAUGCGUGACAAAGUGCGCACACUAUUUUACCAAGUUCUUACAACAACUGAAGAAAGGAAACAAGAAAAACAAAAACCUAUCCACGUGACGGUCGAAGAAAUAGAAGAAGAACUAUUCAAGAGCUGUGAUAAAGAAACGGGGAAAGACUACCAAGAAAGAUUUCGAAGUUUGUACCGUAACUUGAAAGACGCCAAAAACGCGAGUUUAAGGGAAGCUGUUUUGUCGAGAACGAUACUUCCCAAGGACUUUGUAGUCAUGACACCCCAUGAGUUGGCCAACCCGGAACUUAAAAAGGAGCGCGAACAACUGAGAAAAGAAAGUAUUCGCGAGUCAAAGAAAAGUGUUGAUACUCAAACUUUUUCGGAAGAGUUUCAGUGCAGAAAGUGUGGACUUCGCAAGUGCUCUUUUUUUCAGAUGCAGACACGUAGUGCGGAUGAACCCAUGACUACGUUUGUAACUUGUCACCAUUGUGGGAACCGUUGGAAACAAUAAUAUAAAUAAAAGUAUUGAUCAGUAG